CAAUUUGUUUGCCUGGAUGCGAUGAGCAACAUGGCUUUUGUGACAAACCUGGGGAAUGCAAAUGCAGAGUGGGUUGGCAGGGGCGAUAUUGUGAUGAAUGCAUCCGAUACCCAGGCUGCCUUCAUGGUACCUGUCAGCAGCCAUGGCAGUGCAACUGCCAGGAAGGCUGGGGUGGCCUUUUCUGCAAUCAGGACCUGAACUACUGCACCCACCACAAGCCCUGCAAGAACGGUGCCACAUGCACCAACACGGGUCAGGGGAGCUACACUUGUUCCUGCCGACCUGGGUACACAGGCUCCAACUGUGAGAUUGAAAUUAAUGAAUGUGAUGCCAACCCUUGCAAGAAUGGUGGAAGCUGCACUGAUCUCGAGAACAGCUAUUCCUGUACCUGCCCCCCAGGCUUCUAUGGUAAAAACUGUGAGCUGAGCGCAAUGACUUGUGCUGAUGGACCAUGCUUCAAUGGUGGGCGAUGCACCGACAACCCUGAUGGGGGAUACAGCUGCCGCUGCCCACUGGGUUAUUCUGGGUUCAACUGUGAAAAGAAAAUCGAUUACUGCAGUUCCAGCCCUUGUGCUAAUGGGGCCCAGUGCGUCGAUCUGGGGAACUCCUACAUAUGCCAGUGCCAGGCUGGCUUUACUGGGAGACACUGUGAUGAUAACGUGGAUGACUGCGCCUCCUUUCCCUGCGUCAAUGGAGGGACCUGCCAGGAUGGCAUCAAUGACUAUUCCUGCACCUGCCCCCCGGGAUACAACGGGAAGAACUGCAGCACCCCGGUGAGCAGAUGCGAACACAACCCCUGCCACAACGGGGCCACCUGCCAUGAAAGAAACAACCGCUAUGUCUGUGAGUGUGCCCGGGGGUACGGCGGGCUCAACUGCCAAUUUUUGCUUCCUGAGCCACCUCAGGGACCGGUCAUCGUUGACUUCACCGAGAAGUACACAGAAGGCCAGAACGCCCAGUUCCCCUGGAUUGCUGUCUGCGCUGGGAUUAUUCUGGUCCUCAUGCUGCUGCUAGGGUGUGCUGCUGUGGUUGUCUGUGUCAGGCUCAGAGUGCAGAAGAGGCACCACCAGCCCGACACCUGCAGGAGCGAGACUGAGACCAUGAACAACCUGGCGAACUGCCAGCGCGAGAAGGACAUUUCCAUAAGUGUCAUUGGUGCCACUCAGAUUAAAAAUACAAAUAAGAAAGUAGACUUUCACAGCGAUAACUCCGAUAAAAAUGGCUACAAAGUCAGAUACCCAUCAGUGGAUUACAAUUUGGUGCAUGAACUCAAGAACGAGGACUCUGUUAAAGAGGAGCACAGCAAAUGUGAAGCCAAGUGUGAAACGUAUGAUUCAGAGGCAGAGGAGAAAAGUGCAGUACAACUAAAGAGUGAUACUUCUGAAAGAAAACGACCAGAUUCAGUAUAUUCCACUUCAAAGGACACAAAGUACCAGUCGGUGUAUGUCAUAUCAGAAGAGAAAGACGAGUGCAUCAUAGCAACUGAGGUGUAAACCAGAGGCGAUAUGGCAAGGUGGUUGUUCAGAACAAUUUCAGAGGAGAUGUGCCCCAAUGAAUGCUGCUGAAAGAGGAAUGGGAGAUAGAUUCCUUCACUGACUGCUGCUGAGAAACUAAAUUCAGGCUUGAGCUGGUUCUCUACUGAAGUUAGCAAAGUGACUGCAAAAUAAAGAAACAAGAUGGACACCAGGCAAAGGUCUGUGUUCAAGGAUUACUGUUGCACUGCCUUUUAUGAAUUUUAUCAUUGCACUAUGGUCAGUUGCUUUUCUAUAUAUAUUUAAAUGAAUGGACUUAAUUACUACGUAAGAAGCAUGCACUGCCUGAAGUGUGUAUUUUGGAUUCUUAUGAGCCAGUCUUUUCUUGAAUUAGAGACACAAACACUGCCUUUAUUGUCUUUUUUGAUACUAAAAUGUGUUUUUACUAGGUGAGAAAAAGUGUGUUAUUUUUUUCAAUCUGUAAAAAUAUUUUCAUGAUAAUUGUAAAGCUUGAGUAUUUUGUGAUGUUCAUUUUUUUAUAAUUUAAAUUUUUUGGUAAAUAUGUACAAAGGCACUUCGGGUCUAUGUGACUAUAUUUUUUUGUAUAUAAAUGUAUUUAUGGAAUAUUGUGCAAAUGUUAUUUGAGUUUUUUUUACCGUUUUGUUAAUGAAGAAAUUAAUUUUAAAAAUAUUU